UCCAGAGGAGCACACAGAGCAGUGGUCCAGCAGUCAGUGAGUCAGUCAGUCACUGAGGCAGUAGAUUAAAGAGCAGCCGAGUGUAAAAACAAGGCUAAGAGGAGAAACACACUCCCUGUACUUGUUCUCAAAGAAGAGGAGGCGGUUUAGAGAGUUUGACAGGGAGUUAGAGACCUAAAGACAAGAGAGAGGAGGACGCAGGAAAACUGAGGAGACCAACUCUUCUCUUUGCUCCACAACCAUGUUGCUCCUGGACGAAUCCGAGCCAUUUGCAGACCAGUCCCACCGCGCCCCCUUCAGCUCCGAGAAUGAGGCUCAGGGAGGCGACCCAACUGUGUGGCAGUGCACUCCUCCCCCAUCUACCUCACCUUUGGGGGAGGCGCCAGCCCACCCUCCCCCAUACAAGCCAGCAUCCAGACCCCGAUCCAAGCCGGCUAGCCAAAGCCCCUCCCCUCCCUCUGCCCUGAUGGGAACCAAGAAGAAAAGCUCCAAACCGGCGCACAUGAGACGCAACAUCAGGAAGUUAAUAAGGGAGCAUCAAUUGGAGGCCGUGACCAAAGCUGUCCAGCAUGAGGAGCUGGAGAGAAGGCGGCGUCUGGACCAGAGAAAACCGGAUUUCCCCUUACCACUGCUGCCUGAAUACACAACUGGCGAUGUAGCCGAGCACGUGUCCUCAGCAUCGGCAUCAACGGUAUCCAAGCAAGAUGUGAAGUCUACCGCACAGGCACUGAUCUGCCUGGACUCCAGCAGCACUGGCAUCAGCAAGGAGGACAGCAAGACUCACGCACAUGACUCCGUGACCAGAGAGCACAGACACAAGACAGAUGCAAUUGAUCUGAGCUCGGACGAUGAGGACACCAUCGUCCACAUCAGCUGUGAAUCCGCCAACGAGGAAGAAGAGAGCGAGCCCAGCGGCUUGCACACCAACGAUGGCCUGAACCAACCUGACGAGCAGGGCAGGGUGUUGGUGAACCUGAACCACCCGGAUGCAGAGACGGACAUUUUCCUGUCGCCUCAGCUGGCACGAGCAGUCAAACCUCACCAGAUCGGCGGAGUCCGCUUCCUGUACGACAACCUGGUGGAGUCGGUGGAGCGCUUCAGCAGCAGCAGUGGAUUCGGCUGUAUCCUCGCUCACAGCAUGGGCCUGGGCAAAACCCUGGAAGUCAUCUCCUGUAUCGACGUCCUGUUCAGACACACCCGGGUCCACACCGUGCUCGCCAUCGUUCCUGUGAACACGUUGCAGAACUGGCUGUCAGAGUUCAACAUAUGGGACCCGCCCCCGGAGGCGCUGCCUCCAGAUACCGACCCAGCACUGGUGACACCCCGCACCUUUAAGGUUCACAUCCUCAAUGACGAACACAAGAACACAACUGCCAGAGCCAAAGUGGUAGAGGACUGGGCAAAGGAUGGAGGAGUGCUGCUGAUGGGUUAUGAGAUGUACCGCCUCCUGUCGAUGAAGAAGAGUAUCGCGGCCGGGAGGAAGAAGAAGACCAAGAAAACAACUGGACCCGUAGUCGUUGACCUGGACGAAGAGGACAGGCAGCAGGAACUGCUCAAAGGUAUCGAGAGAGCUUUAGCCCGACCUGGUCCAGAUGUGGUGAUCUGUGACGAAGGCCACCGCAUCAAGAACUACCACGCCAGCACAUCCCAGGCUCUGAAGAACAUCCGAACUCAACGCCGCGUGGUCCUGACCGGCUACCCACUGCAGAACAACCUGAUUGAGUACUGGUGCAUGGUGGAUUUUGUCCGACCCGACUUCCUAGGUACACGCCAGGAGUUCAGUAACAUGUUUGAGCGUCCUAUUGUGAACGGGCAGUGUGUGGACAGCACGCCUCAUGACGUUCGGUUCAUGAGGUACAGGAGCCACGUGCUGCACAGCCUGCUCGAGGGCUUUGUACAGAGACGAGGCCAUGAUGUUCUGAAGGACCAGCUGCACUCUAAGGAGGAGCAUGUCAUCCUGGUGCGUCUGUCUCCCCUGCAGAGGGCGCUCUACACAGAGUUCAUGACCCGCUUCAGGGAGGCAGGAAACUCCGGCUGGCUCAGCCUCAACCCACUGAAGGCUUUCUGUGUCUGUUGCAAGAUCUGGAACCAUCCAGACGUGCUGCACGAGGCCUUACAGAAGGAAAACCUGGCAAAUGACCAGGAUUUGGACCUCGAUGACAUGACCUCCACAGGACACACCCGGUGUCCGUCCGCUCCCAAUCAGAAGCCCAAGCCCCUGGAGAAUCCUGACCCCGCCGGUGGACUGAGUCUCACCCAGAUGCAGGAGAGAGCCAAUCAGGUCAUCACUUACGAAUGGGCAAAGGAAAUCAUGUGUGACUACAAACCUGGCAUCCUGGAGAACUCGGCAAAGAUGGUGAUGCUGUUCCACCUGAUAGAGGAGAGCGUCAGGACGGGAGACAAAAUGCUCGUCUUCAGUCAGAGUUUGUCCACUCUCACGGUGAUUGAGGAUUUCUUGGCAAAGAGGCCGGUGCCUCACUCGCCCAACACGUCCAACAGAGAGAAACCCAAUCAGAACUGGGUCCGCAACCUCAACUACUACAGACUGGAUGGAAGUACGACGGCCUCAGAGAGAGAGAGACUUAUAAACCAGUUCAACGAACCAUCCAACACCUCCGCGUGGGUUUUCCUGCUGUCAACCAGGGCUGGUUGUCUGGGUGUAAAUCUGAUCGGGGCAAACCGCGUGGUGGUGUUUGACGCCUCCUGGAACCCCUGCCAUGACGCCCAGGCUGUGUGCCGUGUCUACCGCUACGGGCAGAAGAAGCCGUGUCACAUUUACCGACUUGUGUGCGACUUUACGCUGGAGAAGAAGAUCUACGACCGACAGAUCUCCAAGCAGGGAAUGUCUGACCGGGUGGUGGACGACCUGAACCCUGAGUUGAACUUUACCAGGAGGGAGGUGGAGACUCUUCUUCACUUCGUGGAGGAGGAGCCAGACCCCACCAAGGUUUUGCUGCAGCCCCAGGACAGUAUGGAGCCGGUCCUCAGAAAGGCGCUACAGCGCUAUCCUCACCUAAUCACCAAGCAACCAUUCCCCCAUGAGUCCCUGCUGAUUGACCGCAGGGAGCUGAAGCUGAGCAAGGCCGAGAAGUCGGCUGCUAAGAAGGGUUAUGAAGAGGAGAAGAGGGCCUCAGUGCCGUACACCCGCCCCUCCUACGCUCAUUACUACCCCGCCAGUGACCAGAGCCUCACCAACAUCCCCGCCUUCAGCCAGAGAAACUGGCGACCUCCCCCUCGUACCGAGGAAAAGCCAUCAGCCAGUGUCCGGCCAGUCCAGUCAACCCCGGUUCCCAUGAUGCCCCGCCAGUCGUCUGCAGGUUCUGACACAGGCAACGAACCGUCCAAAACCAACCUGGGAGGAUUCUCAGUUAAAUGCCUUGAAAAAGCCGGGGUCUUUGUACAGAAGAUCGUCACCACUAAUGACAUAGUGAUUCCAGGCAAUAGUUCAGCAGAUGUUCAGGCCAGAAUCCCAGCUGGAGAGAGCAUCCACAUCAUCAGGGGCACCAAAGGGACUUACAUCAGGACAUCUGAUGGUCGAAUCUUUGCCAUCAGAGCAGCUAAUAAAGCCAAGACUGUAGAGGAGAGUACAACAGCACCACCCAAAGACUCGCACGCACCACCAGUCGAGGUUUCAACCAAUGGUAGUGACAGUUGUCAGUCACCUGACAUUAAGCAACAGGUACCCUCCAAGCCUGUGCCCCGCCCUCUUUCACCUGAUUGCCCAGAGAUCAUCAACGAGCUGCAACGCUACACAGGAGCCACAGCAGAGCCAGAGAGGGCGGCUGUGAGCAACGCAAACAACCUGCCUUCCACCAAAUGGCCUCAGACCAAUGGCAGCAGUAGGAGCAGUUUACCCAGUGGAACUAUGAUCCACCAUGAUGCCUCUGUGACUAAUGCAGUGCAGCCCAGCAUUGACACCACUGCCGCCCAAGACAUGAGAACAUGCUCCAAGCGCAAAGCCUCCACCCCGCCUUCGGAAGAGCAGCCCAGCAAGCAGCCGUCUGCUGCCAAGCACUCCUCAGCCUCUCUGGCCUCACCAGGCUUCCCCUUCACUGGGGGCUAUGGCCUCCCUCCACUCGGCCUCAACCCUGCUAUGUUGAGUGGUACACUGGGGCACCCGCUCUUUGUUGGGGCUGGUUCGCCUUACUUCCAGCCCCCCCACACUCAACUGGGAGACCCCAGUUACAUGUACGCAGAUCUGUUUGGCCUGGGCGGGGCCUGCUCUUCCUCCACCUCAUUGUCGACAACAACGGCUACUGCCGUCUCAUCUUCAUCAUCAGUUAACGCUGCCAGUUUGGUUCCAGGUGCCCUGCCGCCAUUCAUGCUGAACCCCAGCAUGACGGGCAUGGCUGGGAUGCUCCCCCCAGGCUUCCCUCUCUCUUACAAUCAGUCUCUGGCCAGCCUCUACACAGGGUCCAUGCUCCCGGGGGGGCUUCCAGGAUCAGCCGCCACUCCUGGCCCCGCUGGAGCCAGCUUCCUUUCCCAGUAUCCUCCCACUGCUGCCUCCAGCUCCUCCUCAUCCUCCCCUUCCUCCUUCUCCCCCUCAGCACGGUUUGAGGGCCACCGGGGUCCAGUUCUGAUGAAUGGUGGGAAUGCUAGCAGCGCCAGCUGCUCAGAUGAAGACGAUGAUGAUGUAAUUGAGGUUAGCGGACAGUGACAGAUGAAUGCUUGAUACAAUUGAAAAAGCAUCACAAUAGGAUGAUAUCCUCUGUGCCAGGAUACAGGCUUCGAAGAGCCUGUGGCCGAGGCUGUGUGGAAAUGGACAGAAAAAUUAAAUGCAGAUAUGUGAUGACAACUGAACCCCUGCUAACGAGUCUGUUCUGCUUUCGAAAAACUGUCCGAGCAGAGAUUGAACACAGACUAGAGACAGAGCAACAAACUUUGAUGCUGAAUAAUCUGAAGACUUAGGGCUUCCAAUUUUUUUUUGUUCAAAACUGGCAUUGAGAUACUGAUCACUGGACUUAGAACUGCUGAUUGUGGGCCUGCAGUGAACACAAAUGGCCACUAGUUGUCCUGUUGACUUUUGAGAUUCUAGUUCUGCAGCUUUAUUAAAUGUCAUGACUCUUUUGCUUUACUCAGCUAAUUAAAUUAUGAUGUUAGGAUGGAAUUGCUUGUUAAAAAGUUGUGAUGAUAAAGUCAGCUGGUAGUAACGUCUGUUAAAUAUCAAUACUGAUGUAUUGUUUGUCACAAGUCAAAUAUUGCUACUGAAUAUUUCUUCAAAUGAUAAAGGUUAAAAGAUCAAACAGAAGUUUAAAAUGGUGGUAAUAAUUCACUGCCAGGACGGUUGACGGUGUUUUACUAAGUCAUCUUGAAUUAUUGAAGAAGCAUUUAAGGUCUGUUGAGUUGGAAGUCAACUAUUAAAACUUUCAAACUCUAAUGAAAGAAUGUAUACUUAAAGAAAUGCCUUUAAACCAGGCCUUUUUGAAAAAACUCCUAUUUAGGCAUCAGGUGUGGGGAUAUCAGAUUCUUCUUUUUUCUUCGUCUGUGUAUUUUCUAUUUAUGUGAUCUUUAAUUUUUUUGAUGAUUGCCUAAAAAUAGCCAGGUGAAAAUGAAAAAAAAACUGUGUUGUAGUGAGGUGUCCUCCUCGUAGCGGAGAAACAACCAACAGAAAAUGCCUUUUUGCCUCCAUCUUUCUGAAUGUGAACUGUGAGAGAGAGGAGAGGCAAAGAGAGACGGACGGUCGCCGCGGAUCUCUGAAUCUCGCCCACAGUCUUACUGUAGCCUAGCGAAAAACGAUGCAAAACACUCACUCAAGCCUAUAUAUGUAUUUGUACAAACCCCGGAGGAAUUGAGCUUGCAAACCCCCGAGGUUUGUUUUUGGCCUGUGUCGUUCCUUAGUCUGUAUUUCUGUGUUUUGUUCUUAAGGGUUACAAAAGGAAUGGGUUUAAAAAGAAAAUUAACUGAAUAGAAACUUGUGUUACUUGGUUUGGUGACUCGUACUGACACGGAUUCCAUCUUUGCUCCGCUCUAUCUGUCUCAUGCUAUUUUGUCACCAGAGGUGAGUGUGAAACCAAACUCAUUUUUUUGUUCUUUUUUGAGAGAUGGUGUAGCUUUGCCAAAAAAAACGAGAAAUGCACAAGCACAUCAUCGACCUCCAUUGAAGAGGACUUUGUCUUAUGAGACCAAAUUACGCUGUCUACUACUUAAAAUCCACGACAGCAGCACGCUCUCUCUCUCUACUAUAGCAUCCGCACACCCACAAUCGACACGUACAUAUACAUCUCUCUCUGAAUGACCCUGCAGGAAACACUGUACACUGCACUGCACUGUAAAAAGAGACACAAAUCUGUACAUGUCUGUGGACUUGUCCAAUGCUGGGACAAGCUUCAUCAUCACGUGACCAAGUUCCUCUUCAGAUUAACCACACGCCACCGUUCAGCUGUUCCAAAUUAUCCACUCUGAUCACAUCAACCUUUGGAUCACUGUCCUCGUAUAAAAAAAUCUUCUCUUCCUAAACGGCUGCAGGAAGAGCUUUAAAAAAAACACCUGGUCUUUUGUGGAGAGCGAAUCUCUUUAACAUCAUCAAAGCAAAGACUAAGCAUUUACUGUCAUUUCUCUUCCAUGUAUUCUGCUCCUCAUAUUGAAAUUGUUAGUUUACCUAUGUUUCUUUUUUCUUUCUCUUUAUGAUGUUUGAAUUUACCAAAUUUAUUUAUUUAUGACGGUGCGUAUUUAUUCAUUUUUAUUUUUUGUAAAAUGUUUUUUUUUGUUCUUUAUUUCCUUUCCUUUGUUCAUAAACAUUUUUACAGUCAAAAAACUUUUGUUGUUACUGCAAUGGCAAACGCUUAAUUUUUAUGUUAUUGUUUUUUUUUUUAAGAAGAAGUACGAUCUGCCAAUCUGACCCAACACGUGAACUUGUGCAGAACUUGCAUGUGGACCAAUGAACUGGUUUGUUACUGUUCACAUUAAUAUCCAGGAACAACAUAUUGAAGAAAGAUAGAGUAAAUAUCAUGUUUACAGUAACUCUGAUCAGUGUUGAUUAUAUAUUUUGAAAGAGGACAUUAGGGAUAUAUUGAUCAGCUCUUAUUACUUCAUCCAGCAUUGUCACAAGGCUGCAGUCAGUACACAUAUCUUAGAAUUUGUAACUGAAUAAAAUGAGCCAUUUGUGUGCAUGUAAAUGAAGCAAAUUCACAAGGAACGGGUCAGAAACAGGCAGACACAUCACUCAAAACCUGAAAAGAAAACAAUGAUAUCACGUGCUUCUCUUUUCUUUAUAUUUUUUUCUUGUUCAUCAUAUCAUCAGAAAUGUCCAUCAGUGUCGUCGCCAUGAUGGAAAACAAGCAAGUUUCCUCAGCGUUGAACUGUUUUGUUGUCAGCUCAGCCUUUGCUGCGCAGUUCGACUGCUCUUUUAUUUCACAGCUUUCUACUUGAAUUUACAUAUUUAUUUAUACAAAUCGAUUUGGUUGAGCCGACUGUCUGAAUUCCAUUUUAUCCGAGGAGAAGAUUAAAGCUGCUGACCUUGAGGAUUGGCUCUAGUCAAAGCCUAUUGUGUAGUUUAUCGAUGGAUAAUGUGUAUGACCGUGGAUUACUUUUAGAUCCUUUUUUGUGUUUGUUUUUUGGAAGUUUGUAAAUAAAAAGAAACAUGUUCUAAAUA